GCGGUUCUGCAGCCGCUCAGUCAGUUUCAAGCUGCGACGGAGAGCAGAGUCCCAAAGAGAGAACGUACUACAGAAGUGGGGUGGGAGCACCAAAAAACGCGAAUAUAAAGCACAAAGCGAGGCACGCAACACGUGAAUAUCCAGAAUCAGAAUUAAAUUGGAAGAGAGAGCCAGUGAUCUUAAAGAACAUUCCAAGAUGUCCACCACAUCCAUUGAAGGCUAUAAACUGGGCAAGAUCCUGAUCGAGGGCAAGACCAAGCAGGUCUACGAUCUACCCGAACAGCCAGGACUCUGCCUGCUCUUGAGCAAGGAUCGCAUUACAGCUGGGGAUGGCGUGAAGGCGCACGAUCUCGAGGGCAAGGCCGAGAUCUCCAAUACCACCAACGGCCAGGUGUUCCGACUCCUCAACGAGGCGGGUAUUCGUACCGCCUAUGUGAAGCAGUGCGGAUCGAAGGCCUUCAUCGCCCGCAAGUGCCAAAUGAUACCCAUUGAGUGGGUAACGCGACGCCUCGCCACCGGAUCUUUCCUAAAACGGAACGUGGGCGUGCCGGAGGGCUAUAGAUUCUCUCCUCCGAAGCAGGAGACCUUCUUCAAGGACGAUGCCAACCAUGAUCCCCAGUGGAGCGAGGAGCAGAUCGUGUCCGCCAAGUUCGAGCUCAAUGGCCUGGUGAUCGGUCAAGAUGAAGUCGAUAUUAUGCGCAGGACUACCCUGCUGGUCUUUGAAAUCCUGGAGCGGGCAUGGCAGACUAGGGACUGCGCCCUGAUCGACAUGAAGGUGGAGUUCGGUAUCGAUGCCGAUGGCAACAUAGUCCUGGCCGACAUCAUCGAUUCCGACUCGUGGCGCUUGUGGCCCUCGGGGGACAAACGCCUCAUGGUGGACAAGCAGGUCUACAGGAAUCUCACGGCCGUAACGGCCAGCGAUCUGGACACCGUGAAGCGCAACUUCAUUUGGGUGGCCCAGCAAUUGGCCGAUAUUAUCCCCAAGAAGGAUCACCUGGUCGUUGUCCUGAUGGGCAGUGCCUCCGACACGUCGCACAGCGAAAAGAUCGCCACCAGCUGCCGCUCCCUGGGCCUCAAUGUCGAGCUCCGAGUGACCUCCGCCCACAAGGGACCCGAGGAGACGCUGCGCAUCGUCCGGGAGUACGAGUCCGUCAUCCAGAACCUCAUCUUCGUGGCCGUGGCGGGACGAUCGAACGGCCUGGGUCCCGUCGUAUCGGGCAGCACCAACUAUCCGGUCAUCAACUGUCCGCCCGUGAAGUCCGACAACAUGCAGGUGGAUGUCUGGAGCAGCCUGAAUCUGCCCUCGGGUCUGGGCUGUGCCACCGUUCUGUAUCCUGAGGCGGCGGCCCUGCAUGCCGCCACCAUCCUGGGCCUUGGCAACUUCAUGGUCUGGUCCAAGCUGCGGGUCAAGGCCCUCAACAACUUCAUCACCCUGAAGAAGGCCGACAAGGAGCUGCGCGGCGUCCGCAAUGCCUAGGUGCCUAGGUGCCUAGGGGGGAACUGCCAAUCGAGAGGGUCUGCUAGGACUCCUGGGAAUCCUGCUCCGAAAGGACCUGCUCGGCUCUCAUCAUUUUUUUUUGUUUUCUGAUUUUAUUUUAGUAUUAAGGAAAGCAUGACUUGAACUAGUUAUACCUGGUACUGCCAGGGUGCUAGUCCCUCGAAAUACCUAUUAAUAAAAAGAAUAUAUACAAUUUUA